ACACCUGACCAGUAGCACACAGGCAGCCGCUCAGGUGACAGAAAAGAAAGAGCACUCUUAGGUAGAGAAAUAAAGAGAGAGGGGGGGAGGAGAGGACAGCAUUUAGGGAUACGAAGGAGGAGGGACAGUGGAAAAGUAGGCUGUAAACAAAUGAAGUGACACACCUGAAGUCAAGCUACUGCAGGCUGGACGGACAACUGAAAUAGUCAGACGGGGCUCUGCGUUCCUGGGACAGAUACAACAUUGCAACUGUGGCAAGUCAAAAAAAAUAGCUGAAGAAACGCACAAAAAUGGAGGCGUAUGAAAACGGCAUCAUCACACGUUGAGAAAGACAAAGAAAAGCUCACACGAGAGGAGAAGAGUCAUCACGAGUGAAAGCAAAAGAAGCUCCACAGAAACCACCAGAGCACUUCACACAAAGGUCUGUGAGCAUUUCUUGAGCCCCUUCAGAGAUCUGCCCUCCACCUCUACUGUACGUCAUGGCCUCUAUGGGAAUGCAGAUGCUGGCCAGCGCCCUGUGCCUCCUGGGCUGGGCAGGGGUCAUCAUCAGCUGCAUAAUGCCCAUGUGGCGGGUCACGGCCUUCGUUGGAAGCACCAUCGUCACCUCCCAGACCAUCUGGGAGGGCAUCUGGAUGACCUGUGUGGUCCAGAGCACAGGGCAGAUCCAGUGCAAACCUUACGAGUCUCUCCUCGCUCUCAGCGCUGACCUGCAGGCCGCCAGGGCUCUCAUCGUCCUCGCCAUCCUUACCGGCAGCGCGGGCCUCAUUCUGGCCUUCGUUGGAGGGAAGUGCACUCGCUUUUUGGAUGGAGAUGAAGCAGUUAAAGGCAAGGUGGCCGUAGCAGCGGGGGCAGUUUUGAUUGUCACAGGGCUGCUGUGUUUGAUUCCCACAUCGUGGGCGGCCGGGUCCGUGGUGAAGAAGUUCUACAGCGCCUCCAUAGACGCUCAGCGGAGGGAGAUCGGAGCCAGCCUCUACAUCGGCUGGGGAGCGUCCAUCCUGCUCAUUCUGGGAGGGGGUUUGUUCAUCAGCUCAGCGUGCCCCCUCAAAGACCACGACGCAGACAAGAGCCCUUCUGUCCGCUACCUGAUGGUCCGCUCCUCCAACGGGGCGAGUUCUCAACGCAGCAGAAGAGCGACACCUCAGCCUGUCGGAGCGGCGUUUCCCAGGUCUCAAAGCUACGACAGAGCGUCAACGAAGCCUCCGCUGUCCACAAGACCUCCCUGGGAGGACGGGCCUGUGCAGGGCUCGAGGCUGGGGUCAGAACAAUCAUGGGUGCCAUCAACAAAGUCUCAGAUGAAAAGGCCGGAGUCGACAAAGUCUGAAUACAGUGAGGCGCCGUCGACAAAGUCUCAGCUGAAACGAGCAGAAAUGGAGGAGAGGUUAUCAGUCGAGAGUGAAAAUGAGGACGUGUCCUCAAAUCCAGCGAAAACAUACCUAUAAUAUGGACACACACAAAUGCAUGUAACAUUUAACAUACCAAUUAGUAGUUUACUUAUUUUGUGACGGUUUACCGAUGAAAAGUAGCUCAUUGUAUAUAAGUAUAGUUAUCUUUUUACUCCACCAUGUUGCUUUGAUAAAAGGACAGAAGGGAAAAGGCCUGGACUACAUUCAUCAAUAUGGAGCAUAGCAGCUUUAAUAUGUUAUGUGCACUAAAACUGAACUUAAAUACUUUAACAAACUGAAUCCUGGUGCAAAUGAAGUAUGCUAUUGUUGUUUUGUUUUUUAUUUUUUAAAGAACAUUGUUGGCAUUAAGUUUGACACGUUAAUGUGGAGCAUUACACCGGUAUUAACCUUCUUUCUUCACUAUUUAAAUGCACUGAAUGAUGGUGAAUUCGUUCGCAUUACGAAUCUUACCUUAGACUUUUUGGCUUGUUUGUUUCUGCUGGACGUACAGCAACCUGAACGCAACAUAAGGAAUGAAGCAGAAGCGUAUUUUAGCCUACUUUAAAUUGAUACUAAUGCAUUUUUUUAAGCCAAGUAUGUGCUCAUUUGAUGAGCUCUACGGCCAUGAAAGACUCCCACUUGUUACAAAUAAAUAGUUACACUUUUUAGAUUUAGCUUUUUGUCACAACUGUGAAAUGUGAUUUUAUGUUUAUUUUUAUUUGCACAUAUAUUAUUGAUAGAUAUUUGUAUGUUUACUUUUCAAUAAAUGACUUUAACGUAA